AUGAUUGCAGCCCGGAAAAUUCAGAAAGCUAGUGCAAGUUCCUCCCUAAUAAGUUCGAUAGGUGAUAUACAACUAGAAAUAAGGCAUAAAGGAAAACGUGUUUUUGAUCGUACAAUAUGUUUUUCAAGACAUAUUCGAUG